AUGAUUGCUGAGGUCCAGAGUAAUGAAGAUCUAUAAGUAAUGUGUAGAAUCUGCGAAAAAAAAACGGAUGCUACAUUGAUUGAGAAUCAUUUGGUUAAUUGUUAACAAAUCUUUGAAGCUAGAAAGCAAUUGCAUUAAUUGGAUGUGUAAAUUUAGAAGUUGGCCGAGUUGGCACAAAACUGCUUUCGCACAUUAAAUACAAAAUACCAAAUUCACAAGUCCAAACAGGCUAGGUACACAAACAACGAGAAUCGAGGGAUGCGUAACAGUGCUCCGUUGAAAUUGAAUCAACCAGAAGAUUGUGCAAGUGAGGAUACGGGUUCAAGAACAAACAAGGUGAGUUGUACUGUGAAGUCGAGGUUUGCGAAUUUGGGAACAAGCUUGGCAGAUGAUGAGCCCGAUGAACCUGAGUAAAAAUCUGUGAUUUAGGUUGUGGAAGAGAAUAUUACGGGGGAGGAUCUGGAACGAAUAAUGAAACAACAGAUCAAGUUGUCAAAGAAAAUAGAGUAGUAGAAACAAGGAGUUAAGUUUGCGCAUUCUCCUUCUCCGGAAAUCAAAUAAAUAAGUUCUCCAUUAUCGAAUGGAAUGGGGAGUCCCUUCUCUCUUGAUGAUAAUACAGAAAUUUUAAAAGAUUUGAGAUUACAGUUAAACUCUCUCUCCAUAAUUACUAAAUAUACUGAAGAAACUCUUAAAACCCAUCAUGGCACUCAGUCAAUUUAAUUUGAUCUAAAAAUACAGGUGGAAUUGUUCAACAUCAAACAUACACUCCAAAAAGAAGUACAAGAUCUAAUAAAAAUGACUUUGAAGCUAAUUGAAGAAAAGGUUUAAUGUACAUAAAAAAUUUCGAGAUUACAAAAACUCAUAUCCGAAGAAGAAAAGCUUGAAAACCUCACUUCUCCACUCCGUAUGAAGAUCUCCAAAGUUGAAACUGGAAAUCGCAGAACUUCUUUGGGUAAUUCUUUACAAGAACAUUUUGAAAUGUUCAAAAAUAGUUCGACUGGAUCCAAAUGGUUGAAUAAGUAAAAUAUCAUAUCCAAUUUUGAAAACACUCACUAAGUGUAAUCCAAGACGUUUACUGAAGGUGUAGGAAAAGAUUGUAUUUUCUCAAAGUGCUUGAGUGAAUCUGAGGAUGGUGGAGCAAGCAGCAGUGAAUCAGAAUCAGAAGAAGUAUCAGAUAAGGAAGACAAAAAGAAUAUCACUAAGAAAUCACUAGAGGAAUCUUUUGAAAUGGAAGAUUUUGUUUAACAAUCCAAAAGCAAUGUAAUUUCAUUUAAAGAUUUAAAUUAAAAUUUAAUUAACAUGGUUGAUAAGUGUGAUUUCGAUAAUGAGAAGGAAUAGAAAGUUAAGGGGUAUUACAGUGAUGGAGAUUUCAAAACUACCAAAUUAGUCAAGAACAAACAAUUAUUGAAUGUAACUCUUCAGGAUUUUGAAUUUAUCCAGGUUUUGGGUGUUGGAGCAUUUGGGGCAGUGUGGUUGGUCUCUAAGAAGAAGACUAAGGAUUAUUAUGCAAUGAAAGUGAUAGAUUGUAGAAAUAAGAAUAUGAAUGAAAUUUAGAAUUUGAGAGCUGAAAAAAACGUCUUUGAAAUUUUAGAGGGUGAUUUUGUAGUCAAAGCCUAUUAUUCCUUUAUUUAAGACAAUUGUCUGUUGUUCCUAUUAGAAUAUAUGAUGGGGGGGGAUUUUAGCCAAGUGCUGUUUCAAUAUGGACGUAUUUCUGAAUCAGUGGCUAAAUUUUAUCUGGCUGAAUUGCUAUUGGCGAUUGAAUCAUUACACAAGAAAGGUAUAAUUCAUAGAGAUUUGAAACCACAAAAUAUCCUAUUAGAUGCACAGGGUCAUCUAAAAUUAGCCGAUUUUGGUUUGUCUGAAAUUGCCUUAGUGUAGAAGAUAAGGGAAGGCAAGGAUGGAAUUAAUUGUUCAAUUGACCCUGAAGCCUUACCAAUGAACGUUUCGAAGAGAAACAUCAAAACAAAAUGCAAUAUUGAAUUUCAUUUACAAAAGACUACUAGCAAGACCAGUAUUUAGGAGCGAACGCAAUCAGGGAAAAGAUAGAAUAGAAUAAUUGGAACUCCCGAUUACAUUCCCCCUGAGGUUAUUUGUGGAUUGUCCAUAUCUAACUUUUCAAUAGAUUGGUGGGCAUUUGGAGUGAUAGCCUAUGAAUUUUUAGUAGGAAUUCCACCAUUUAAUGAUUCUAGCAUUCCGAAAGUGUUCGAGAAUAUAAUUAAUAGAUUUAUAGAAUGGCCAGAGAUAGGCAGUGGAGAAGACAUGAUGAGUUAGGAUGCUUACGAAUUAAUCAAUUCAUUAUUGGAACCAUAAUACCAUAUGAGACUCGGAGAGAAGGGUGCUGAUGAAGUGAAAUCUCAUAAAUUCUUCGAUGGGAUUGAUUGGAAUAACAUCAGAAAUUAGGAGGCUCCCAUGAUUCCAAUAAGAGAUUUGGAUCAAUUAGAGGAGGAGGAGAGCAAUAUCACGAAGAAGAAGAAUGAGGAGGUGAAAAUGAAGGACAGAUUGCAAUCAGUGCAAGUCUCCCAUGAUGGAAAUCUAGAUGACGUGGCUAACCUAACCAGAGUUGAUCUCCUGGCCAAGAUUAGUUAGAAGGAUGCUGAAAAUGUAAUGAAAAAAAGAUCAAUUCGGAAGACUAUUUAACAAUUUCUAUGA